CAGCGAUUCACGGCGAGCAUUCCGCACGUCAUGAUCCCUUGCUGGGCAGCUAAUAAGGUCCACGCCCCAGGACCGCUCAGUCCUCCCGGCGACACCACGAGCUUGCAUUCCCCCGGUUCUGGAGAGCAUCAUACAAAAGCAAUGUCCACCCGGUUAUAGCACACCGCCCUUCCGCCAUGAUAAACGCCUUCCUCGUCUUCAACGGCCAAGGCCAACCCCGCCUCACCAAAUUCUACACCCAACUGGACACCUCGAUCCAACAAAGACUCAUAUCUGAGAUCUUCACCCUAGUAUCCAACCGACCCCCAGGCUUCUGCAACUUCCUCCCGUUGCCGCCCCUCCUCGCGCCGCCGCCGUCCUCCAACUCCUCGGUCCAGGAGCAGCAAGACGUCCCCUCGCUCGUCACCUACCGCAACUAUGCGACCCUCUACUUCAUCGUCAUAUCCACGGCGACCGAGUCGCCGUUGGCCCUGAUCGAUCUGAUACAGGUCUACGUUGAGGCGCUGGACAGGCUCUUCGAGAACGUGUGCGAGCUGGAUCUGAUUUUUAACUUUGAGACGCUGCAUGCAACGCUGGGCGAGAUGGUGGUUGGCGGCGUGGUAAUUGAGACGAAUACCGAGCGCAUUGUGGCGGGCGUCAAGGCCCAAGGGACCGUGGCGAAGAGGCCGGUGAAUGAAGGGAGGGGAGCGGCAGGUGGGGGUUUGGGUGCGGGUUUGGGCGCAGGACUGGGCAUGGGUGGGAAUUUUGUUUGGCAUGGGCGGUGAUGGAUGCUUACUGGUUUGACUGAUCUGGCGUUGGGAAAGGAGUUUAUGGUCAUGGUGACACAUGAAAGCAUGACAGCAACCGGGGAGGGAAUCAGGAAUGAACUGGGCAAAGCUGCCGUACCUUGGCAGACCGUCGUGGCCAUGCUAUUGUUGCCUGGGUAUCCUAACGCCAAGAACUCCGUCAUGAUGGAACACUAGUGUACAACUUGAGGGAGGGAGGUGAGGCAAGCAAGUAUGCUUGACAAAGGUAGCACACCAAGGUUACUUGGUGCUUGGUUGGGACGGAAUAUACCUGUCCCUGCGGUCUAGUUUUCUGGUCUCUUCGGUAAAGACACCGAAGAAGCCAUAGAACUUUUCGCGGAUCUGAGCC